AUGUCUACACCACAGUCGGAAAUUGAAAAGCCUGCCCCCGAAUUGUCGCCAUGGCAUCCCAGCCAGUAUCCAGAUGGCGGUCUCCAAGCGUGGCUCGUGGUCGCGGGAGCCUUCUGCUGUGUCUUUUGUAGCUUCGGCUGGAUCAACUGUACGCUAUACUCUCUGAUUUCUGACACAGAUCACCCUCUAAUCGACACUGGAGGCAUCGGAGUGUUCCAAAACUACUAUGAAGCCCAUCAGCUCCAGCAAUACUCGGCCAGUGACAUUUCCUGGAUUGCAUCGCUGGAACUCUUCAUCAUGUUCUCGGGAGGACCGAUCAUCGGCCGUGUCUAUGACCGGCAAGGCCCCCGCUACCUGCUCCUGUUCGGCACCGUCAUGCACGUCUUUGGCUUGAUGAUGGCAUCCCUGGGCACCGAGUAUUUCCAGAUCUUGCUGGCCCAGGGCAUCUGCAGUUCCAUCGGCCUCAGCUGUCUCUUUACCCCGGCCACCUACUGCACCCUGACUUGGUUCCAUCGCCGACGAGGCCUCGCCAUGGGCAUCAUCUCUGCCGGAUCCAGCCUGGGCGGGGUGAUCUUCCCCAUUAUGCUCAACCACCUGAUACCCGACGUAGGAUUCUCGUGGGCCAUCCGAAUUGCCGCCUUUCUCAUCCUGGCGAUGCUCAUCUUCAGCAAUCUAACCGUGUGCUCGCGGAUCCCACCGUCCCCCAAGAAUCUGCGGCUCAUCGACUAUGUGAACCCCCUGCGCGAGCGCGUCUACCUGUUGACCUCGAUCGGCUCGUUUCUGUUCUAUUUGGGCAUGUUCCUCCCCAUCGACUACAUCCAGCUGCAGGCGACGGCAUACGGAAUGCGGCCUGAUCUAGGCAACUAUCUCAUUCCCAUCCUCAAUGCCGCGAGUCUCUUCGGCCGGGUCCUCCCCGGAUGGCUGGGCGACCGGGUGGGCACUUACAACGUCCAGAUCCUGAUGAGUGUCUUCUCCGGCACGUUGGCUCUGGCCCUGUGGAUUCCCGCCAGGGGCAACGCCGGCAUGAUGGUCUUUGCAGCCCUGUACGGCUUUGGAUCGGGAGCGUUCGUCUCGUUGCUGCCUGCUAUGAUCGCGCGGAUAUCGGACAUGAAGGAGAUCGGGACGCGCACCGGCGUCGAGUUUGCCAUUAUGUCCGUUGCAGCGCUGGUCAGCAACCCAAUCGGCGGGGCGCUGAUCAGAUAUGAUCCGGUCGAUUUUACCUACCUGCAGAUCUUUUGUGGCGUGGUUUUGCUUGGAGGGGCCUUCUUCUUCAGUCUGGCUCGCAUCGCUUUAGCGGGGCCUAGGCUUAUGCACAAGGUCUAG